AUGAAAUGGAAGGCGAACAAGGCAGGGGGGGCGGAGUUUAAGCAGGAUGUGAUGAAAUCGCAAACGCUUACACGCCCCGACGGGGCUCAGGCCAAGAGGGCCCUCUUCGAGAGGAUGAACUCAGAGCCGAUAAAAAUGAAGGAUUCCAAACCUAAACUGAAGCGCUCUCAGAGUUUUGGAGUUUCCAGCGCCAGUGGCAUAAAACAGAUUCUCCUGGAGUGGUGCCGCUCAAAAACCAUCGGCUAUCAGAACAUAGAUAUCCAGAACUUCUCGUCCAGCUGGAGUGACGGGAUGGCGUUCUGUGCUCUGGUUCACUCGUUCUUCCCUCUGGACUUCGAUUACAACGCGCUGGAACCUGCGAACCGCAAACACAACCUCCAGCUGGCCUUCGCCACCGCAGAGGAGCAGGCCGACUGUCUCCGUCUGAUCGAGGUGGAGGACAUGAUGAUGAUGGGGGACAAGCCGGACCCCAUGUGUGUGUUUACGUACGUCCAGUCCCUCUACAGCCACCUGAAGACGUUCGAGUAACUCUGUAUCAGAGUGCAUUACCCAGUCUAGAUGUUAGUAACCACUGUGUGCCAUGAACACUUUGAAUGAGCACACAAUUGGCCCGUUGCCAGGCAGACUAAUAGAGAACCACUGUUGUUCCAAUCACGCAAACACAGACUUUGAUGUUUUU